AUGGCUUCCACACCGUCGGCGGGGAUCAUACCCGCCCAGCUUGGUUUCCUCGCCAUUUACAACCCCAGCCUAGGCACGACGGACGAGACAGUCGAAGACCAGCUGGUGUACUACGCAUCGCCGAGCACGUUGUCCGCCUCUAAACGACGUCGUCACCGUGUGAUAAAAGAUGGGCGGGCAGCCGGCGAUGUGUCUAACGCGGAACGCAAUGAGCGGCUGCGGCAGGUUGGACUUGCUCAAGGCAUGGCUGAGUUUGGGAGGAGCUUCUCGGGCGGAAAGCCGGUAGACUCGAUCGAUACCGAGCGAACGCGCGUGGUACUGCAUGAGCUAGAACCGGGCUGGUGGAUUCUCGCUUCCAUCGACCUCACCCGGUUACCUCACCCGCCAAGCAAAUCCACCCCCUCUUCGCCCUCUUCACCACUACCACCGACAUCCAAGGGCGAUACGCCCCCCAUACCCUAUGAGUACUCCUCUCGCGAACUCAAACCUCCCGCCCUCCUACUGCAAGACCUCAUUCGCGCCCACUCUCUCUUUCUUCUUCACCACCGACCCGCUCCAGAGACCACGAACAGCACCCACGGUACCCCCCACUCCCCACUCUCCACUCUUCUCUCGGCCUCACCCUCGCGUGCUCACUUCAUGUCCCUCCUCGCCGGCUACUGGGACGCCUUUCUGCUCACGUGGUCUGUUUUGCUGCAUGGCAACCCGGCGUGCGCGGUAUGGGGGGGCAUUGAGAUGGCCGCCAGUGGGGAGCUGGGCAUGGGUGUGGGCGAGGAGGAUCGGGGGAGUGGCGAGCGGGAAGUUUUGGAGGCGCUGGUCGAGAGUAGAGAGACGGUAGGAAUGGGCGUAGGGCUACCGGGGUUGGUGGAUCUAGUGGUGGGGAGGUUUGGGGAGGAUGCAGAAGGAGAAGACACGGGGGGCCAAGGGAAAGGAAAUGGGAAAAGUGCCACGGUGAAGAACCGGCCGGACGAGCGAUGGGUUGGGCUGGGCAGCGAAGUGGGAGAUGAAGAUGGGAUGGUAUUCCUCGGUGUCGGGUCUCUCUCAAGGUCAUCUGUUAGGACGUUGGCGUGGUGGAUGGAGGAUAUAUAUGCCUGGGGAGAGACCGCGUUCGGCGUUUUGGAUGGCGCGGCGGGAUCAGGGUCGAGAGCAAGGAGAAGGAGAGGUGAUGGGAAAAAGACCAGCAUUGCGAAAGCACCUCUGGCCGAGAAUUCAAAGAAGGACUCAUCAAAACCUACACCGAAAUCGACAUCACCAACAGAAACUAGUGGGGCGCCUGAAACGGAGCGUCGAGGUUCGAUUCCAAACACCGCGGCCGCGGCCGUUACGCAAGACGCGCCCGCAGAAACGGAAGAGGUCGGUGGAGGGAUGGACAAGAUGCUUAGCUACCUCAAGUUGGGGUACGGCACGUACUGGUCUCUUGGCACAUCCAAUCCACCCGCAGACUCAGACGCGGAAAAUGAAGCAGUACGAAACUUGACCGGUCCUGAGGACACGACGGCGGCUCCUAAGCCCCCACUUGACCCCACGGGGGGCUACUUUCUGUUAGGACUGGGUGAGGAUAAGGGCAAGGAGGAACAAGAGGACCCCUCGACGCAAACCAACCGCAUAAAACCACGGACGGUCACAGUUGAGCUAGAGGUUGACGGUAGCAGUACCACUACCAGCACCGUCGCCCAAUUACGUCCAGUCGUAUACCUCCACCGACCCUUCAUUUACAUACUCCUCUUCGGUCCUGACACGACCACGUCCACACCCUGGGUUGACCUCGCCAAGAUCCUCAGCACACAGUUAACACCACUGCACAAACCCCUCCUCCACUCAACUGCUUACCGACCGGAAAAGCCAAACCAUGCGGGUACGGGUGUCCCUCGGCAGCCUUCUCGGCGUGGUAGUAGCAGCAGCAGCGGGGGAAGUGAAUUGUACGACCUCGUCUUCGACCCUCAGACCCUCACGAUCCACUCCACUAUCCCCAACAUACCCGACCCCUUUAUUCCCGCUCCUCAUACCACCAACCCGGGUAGCAUCCUCGCACCUCCCCCGUUAGUGCCCCAUCCCUCGGCAGCAGCCUCUGCAGCGUGGACGCGCGCCGAAGCACUCAGCACACAUGCCCAGAUCUUGAGCAUGGCCGCAACGACGCGACACCAUGACGACGGCGCAGAUGGCGAUGACACGACUGGGAUGGUGGAGCUGACGUGUAAGACGAGCCGCGGAUGGUGGGUUGUGUGGAGCCGAGUCGGGGGGGAGAAACGCCGGGGGUCAACCGUAGAUGGGGAUGGAAACGAAGAUUGGGAUAGGGAUGGAGAUGCAUCUGGGGAUGGGAGCUUGGGCGCCGCUGGUCCGGUUCCAGCGGCUGGGAAAGAAAUCUUCCUCAUCCGGCGGGCGAGUGACCACCACGGCCCGGGCGGUUUACGGGGUGUUGGCUCGUCGUAUGCUGGGGUUGGCGGGGGCGGUGUUGGGGUCGGCGUCGGUGGUGCAUCUGGAGGUUGGGCGGAUGGAGCGACUCGGCUGGCACAGGGAAUUGGUGUUGACACGAGGAGGUAUAUUGAGGGGCUGUUGAGUUUGAAUCGAUGA